CGUGUGGAGAGGUCUUGUGGCAGCAUGAGUGCAGGCUCGGACCCCGUGGUCAUCGUCUCGGCGGCGCGGACCGUCAUAGGCUCCUUCAAUGGUGCCUUGUCCACCGUCCCUGUCCAUGACCUGGGCUCAACUGUCAUCAAAGAAGUCCUGAAGAGGGCGGCGGUGGCCCCGGAAGAGGUGUCAGAGGUCGUGUUGGGGCACGUUUUGGCAGCAGGGUGUGGGCAGAAUCCUGUUCGACAAGCCAGUGUGGGUGCAGGGAUCCCCUACUCUGUUCCAGCAUGGAGCUGCCAGAUGAUUUGUGGGUCAGGCCUGAAAGCUGUGUGCCUUGCAGCCCAGUCCAUUGGGAUAGGAGACUCCAGCAUUGUGGUUGCAGGAGGCAUGGAAAAUAUGAGCAAGGCUCCUCACCUGGUUCACUUGAGGACAGGAGUCAGGAUUGGGGAAACACCACUGACUGACAGUAUUCUCUGUGAUGGGCUUACAGAUGCAUUUCACAACUAUCACAUGGGCAUUACAGCUGAAAAUGUAGCCAAAAAAUGGCAAGUGAAUAGAGAAGAUCAGGACAAGUUUGCAGUCCUGUCCCAGAACAGGACAGAGCGCGCACAGAAAGCUGGCCAUUUUGACAAAGAGAUUGUACCAGUGUGUGUAUCUUCUAGAAAAGGUCUUACCGAAGUUAAAACAGAUGAGUUUCCUCGCCAUGGGAGCAACAUGGAAGCCCUGUCUAAACUAAAGCCUCACUUCCUUACAGACGGGACAGGAACAGUCACUGCAGCUAAUGCUUCAGGAAUAAAUGAUGGUGCUGCAGCUGUGCUUCUCAUGAAGAAGUCAGAAGCUGAUCGUCGUGGGCUCAUACCUUUAGCACAGAUAGUUUCCUGGUCACAAGUAGGCGUGGAGCCUUCCAUUAUGGGAAUAGGACCGAUUCCAGCAAUAAAGCAAGCUGUUGCAAAAGCAGGUUGGUCACUGGAGGAUGUGGACGUAUUUGAAAUCAACGAAGCCUUUGCAGCCCUCUCGGUUGCAAUAGCUAAGGAACUUGGACUGAACCCAGAGAAGGUCAACACUGAAGGAGGAGCUAUAGCCUUGGGCCAUCCUCUCGGGGCAUCUGGCUGUCGGAUUCUUGUUACCCUGUUACACACAAUGGAGCGAGAGGGUGCACGUCGUGGUGUGGCUGCUCUGUGCAUUGGGGGUGGGAUGGGGAUAGCAAUGUGUGUUCAGAGAGGGUGAACCUGCUUAACAAAUUUGAACCUCAUUUCUUUCAAAAUUAAUAAGGCACCAAUAUGUGAAGUCAGGACCAAUGUGAGGAUGGAAGCCACUUCCACUUCACAAGAACCCAAGGCUUUGACAGCUUGUACUUUAAUGUGUAACAUGCGAGGUAUAAGACAACUGCACCUUACAGUGUUAUUAUAAAUAAAUCAGAUCAGUCAUCCAGGGCUCCUGA